AUUUUUUCCCAGAUAUUUCUUGUAAUCUUAAUAGGGAAGAAAACAAAUAUCAAUAAUAAUAACAACGCCUUCCUUGACAACGACUCUUCAGUUAUAAGUCCAUCAUGCUCUUUUCUAUAUAGAGAAGAUGCUACAGUAAUGCCUGUCGUAGCAUAGCUGUUAAAUCCCAAGCUGGUUUUUUGGGUAACGCACAAGAAAGAUAAUUUAAGUAUUUGUGUCUUGUUUGUAGUCUUUUGUUUUUCCUUAUCUCGGUUUUGUUUUCUUGAGUGCUUGCAAAGAUGAUGCUUCAAUAUCGAGACCUGGCCAAGCUUAAAACCAAAAAGAUUGUUUUUGAAGAUGUAAUCGCUGCACGUGAUUCUGCUACACUAGAGCAUCUGAAAGAGUUAAGCUCCAAGCGCAGGGUAAUUGAGGAGUCUAUUAAUCAGACUAGUUACAUCACCGAGGCUAUUGCUAGAGAAAUAUCCGGUGGAUUGACUUCUCGUUGCGAGCAGGAACGUCUCAGACUGGAACACUAUUUACCAUUACUGGAAAAUUUCAUUUCUCAUGCUGAUUUGAUUAGCAGCAACAGCCAGAUGGUUCAGUGGACUUCACAACUCAAGAUACGAUGGAGUAGUGCUACUAGCUCGUCAUCUUUCUUUGACCUUAGAGGUCCAAAGUUUUUUCAAAUCGAUAAUUUGCGAUUUGAGCUUGUUAUGAUCCAUUUCCUCUAUGGAGCGACACUACGGGAGAGGGCUUCGGAGUUUCUGUCAACAGAUUUGAAGCAAUCAGCCUUCAUUUUCAGAGAAGCUGCUGGAGUUUUUCAUUACCUGGCUCAUGAGGUUAUUCCAUCUUUACAGUCACCAAUAUCUGCAGAAAGACCUUCAGAAGCUUCCUCGGCUUUGUCUGCUGCUAUGAGUUUCAUUUGUUUGGCUGAGGCCCAGGCGGUGUAUACAAGGAGGGCGGAGGAAAAAGGUAAUACUGGUUUCGGUGUUCUGGCAAAGCUGCACUAUGGUGUUGUGGAAUUGCUCAGUGAAGCCACAAGUGCUAUACACUCAGGGACUGGAGAAGGCAAGACUAUUUCAUCACGGUUUUUGGAGUUUAUAUCAUCUUGCAAAGCACUACAUGAGUUACGAAGUAAAAAACACCUCGCAGAAGGUUUAAGGAACGACGGCCAAGUUGGUGUUUCUGUUGGAGUUCUUUGUGAUGCACUGAUCAGUUCAAAAAAGAAAACGCCAGGGGAGGAUUCAUGGAAAGCUGUUUUUAAGAAUGAAAUUGAAAUUGUUGCAAAUACACUUAGGAAAUUUGAAAAUGAGAACGAGUUUGUUUGGCAUGAAAAGAUUCCUCAUGGGGAUGAGCUGCCAUCUCCCCAAGGUAUCAAAAUUGUGGAGAUUGUGCCCUUUAAGCCUAAAAAAUGGGAGAGAGAACUUGCUUUCAAAUUGUAGUUAAUGUGCAGAGAGUCAUUGUAUAGUACCUCUAAGACUGGUCUUCUUUUUUUGUGGAUGCAAAGGUAAACAAAUUUCUUGACGUCCUCACCUUUAAUGAGUAUAAGGCGAGAAGGGUGUUUUUUUUGUUUUGUUUGGUAUGGGCUCAAUGCCGAAGGUGGUUGAGUUGUUUGAACAAAGGUGUUUGUGUAGUGUUUAUUAUUGGUUAUAAGAUUGUCACUGGGCGGUUCUUUCUCUCUUA